CACAGACAGGUGUUUUUGAAAGCGUUGGAAAACACGACACAGACAUGAACGAAGACAUAGAAGAUGACGGAGGGGAAAUUCAAACAUUUCUUCAUCAACAUCACGCUGGCUGCGUCUUAUCCAGGCUUCACGAUCUGCGGGAAAGAGAAGAACUUUGUGAUGUUACACUUGUGGUGGAGGGAAGAGCCAUCCAGGCUCACAGAGCUGUGUUGGCGGCGUCUAGUCAAUACUUCAACGCCAUGUUUACAGCUAAGAUGAGUGAAAGAAAUCAGGCGACGGUAAGGCUAAAAUUUGAUUUUAAUGGCUAAUUGUUGCUUGGGGUGAUUUGUGUGUAUAAGGUUGGUCAACACAUCUCCAUCAACUUUUCAUCUCAGACGGUGUGUUUGUGGGAAAAUUUUACUAAGAACAAGACAUGAGCAUAUUGUUAAUAGCCUGAAGUCUUGUUUUGUGAUAUCAGACAAAAAAAUUAAUUAAUAGCUGGCGGGGAUACUCCUGUAUCCUAGCAACCACCGAGAUUAUGAAGAAGUUUCCAAUACAUUUAGCUUCAAGUGUGUACGGGUAAUGUUACAGUAUAAUGACAAAGUUAAAUGAUCAUAAACUAUAAACAUAGAUAAUGUAUUGUAGCAGACAAUCUAAAAUCAACACAGAAUACUCUUGGCUGCAAAUUUAAUUUAUCCAUUUCUAUUGAAGGUGGAGAUCAAGGGGAUUGAUUUUGUGUCAGCAGAAACUCUCAUAAACUUUGCCUACACAUCACAACUCACAAUCACUGACUCCAGAGUUCAAAAUCUAUUUCUGGCUGCAGAUCUGCUUCAGUUCAAAUGGGUUAAAGACUCUUGCAUUCACUUUAUCAUGCAGCAAAUAGACAUCACAAACUGUCUGGGUGUACGAGCACUUGCUGAAAGACAUUCCUGCAAGGCCAUGUAUGAAGCUGCCACACGUUUUGUUACUGAGAACUUUCUGAAAGUCUCUCAAACUGAAGAUUUUCAUAAUCUCAACCUUAAUGAAGUGCUUGAGUUAGUGAAGAGAGAUGAUGUGAAUGUGUCUGAUGAAAUAGAAAUAUUUAAAGCAUGCAUGGGAUGGAUUGAAUACAACACUGUGAGCAGGAAGCAACACCUUGCUGAAUUUUUAAAGGCAAUGAGGCUGCCUUUUAUUCCUGUGAAAAAUCUUCAGAAACAUGUGAGUGGACAUGAUUUGGUGAAACAUGAUGUUUUUAGCAGGGACAUAGUUGAGGAAGCAGCAACAUUUCAUUUUGAGCAUGCUGGGAUGAAAAUGAGAGACUCAUAUGCUGAAACUGUGUACAUACUUGGAGGAGAAACAUCAUUCAUGAAAGAAGUAAAGACUGUUGAAAGAUUUAAUCCAGAGAGUACACAAUGGGAGGGAGUGAAGUCUAUGACUGAAGCACGAGCAUCAUUCACUGUGGCUACUUUAGAGGGUAAGUUGUAUGUUAUAGGAGGUUAUCGUCGUGGAAGGAAGCUGAACUCCAUGGAGUGUUAUGAUCCAGCACAGAAUGGCUGGGUCAGUUUACAGCCAAUGAGCAAGUGUCAAGGUGAUGUGCGUGCUGCAGUACUCGACGGCUUUAUUUACGUGGCUGGAGGAUCCAGUGAAGGUCUGCUGACAUGCAGGUAAGGGGAGUUAUGUUUGAACGCAAUUUUGUGGGGAGGUCAUGUUUUAAGCUGUAAUGUUUUCAUCAGUGGUCUGUACAAAAUGCAGACUGCAGACUGGGCAUAAAAUGCAGACUGAGAAUUGAAACUCUUUUUUCACCUGAUAUAUGAUAACACAUAUUAGUAUUUGUGUAGUCACCAAACAGAUGAGAGAUAAAACCACCGGAAAAGUAAACAAAUAGCCAAUCACUGAAGGAACAGUUUUAGUCUCAGUCCUCAUUUUUCAACAAAAUAAACAAUUGAAAAGAUGAAGAGUAUGGACCACCUAUAAAACUGUCAAUUGUUUCUCUGAUGUUGCAUAUGCUAAUUAAUCAAUACUGACAUGCUGCAUGCAAAGUGAGAAGACUAUAUUAAGGCUUGAAAUCCUAUUAAGAACAACUGUGGCCACUUUGUUAGAACAACUAUGGCCACUUUGUUAAUAACAAAAAAUAUAUCAGGAAAUAGGUUAGGAAUAUUCCACAAUAGUGCAAAUGAUCAUGAAAGAUGAUCAUGGAGUGGCGAUUACCUGACAUGCGGUAAGUUAUUAGAUGACAUGUUUAAGAUGAAAUGUUUAAAUUCUCAGUAUGCAUUUUGUACUUGGUCUGCAUUCUGCUGUCUGCAUUUUGUACUGACCAUUUUAAUCACUGAGUUUUGUUAUCUAAAGUUAAAUUGAGAUAAAUUCUUCUUAUUUGCUAUUUUAAACUCUGUCAUUUUCCUUUAGAAAAUCUGAGAGUAUUCACCCUUAACACUCUGACAUCAGUAUGGAUAUUCUCCAUACUGUUUGUGCCAUUCCAUUCUUCUUUUGAUUAAUAUUCUAUUUCUGAAGACCAUUUGAUUAUCCCAGGUCACCCAUGGGAGUUUGAAAAGAAAAAAAAGACCCUUGGAGCACAUAGUAUAGCUUGAUGAUUGUGUAUGCAUAAAAAGUACCAAACCUGCUUUGUGAAAUGUUCCUAACAUUAACCACAGGUUUACUGUAUCCCAAAAAAAAAAAAUGUAUACAUAUAUCUUCCCAAACUUUACCAACCUGGAAUCUUUGAAUUCUACAUUCACCGAAACUUUUAAUUGUUUCCUUAGUGGUAUCAAGUUAAAAUACCAUAAAGUAAGAAGUCAGUUAUGACUAACCUUGACAUCAUCUUUUCAGUGAUGGUAAAUUUUUUUGCAACAUAGCUUUUUUUUUUUCUAACAGCUAUGUGGAGCGGUAUUCACCCUUUGCGGAAGGAUGGCAAGUGGUUGCUAGUAUGCAUCGUCAAAGACGUCGCUUUGCUCUUGCUGUGCUUGACACUCAUAUCUACGCAGUUGGAGGAUUUGAUGACAGCAGAGGGGAUCUAAAACAUGUGGAAUAUUAUGAUGGCAGCACAAAUACAUGGACUGAAGUGAAGCCUAUGCAUUGUUGUCGUUAUGAUUUUGGUGCAGUGUCAUUGUCUGGUUUUCUUUAUGCUGUAGGUGGUGCUAAUGGCAGGAGAGGUUCAUUGAAUACUGUUGAACGUUUUGAUCCAACUAUGAAUGAAUGGUCAAUGGUUGCCCCUUUGAAGCAUUGUAGGGGAGGUGUGUCAGUAGCUGUGCACUGUGGAAAGAUUUUUGCAAUGAAUGGAAUGAAUGAAUACAUGUCAAUUGUUGAUUCUACAGAGUGCUACAAUGAAGUACAAGAUAAAUGGAGCAGCUUAGCUGCUUGUACACACACAGCAAGAUUCAGUGCAGCAGCCAUUGUUUACCCUCCUGUAAUUCAGCUGCAUGUUAAAAGUCUCCAUGGGUCAGCAUGUCAUGAACAACAAUAAGAACACUCAUACUGGAUAAGAUCAAUCUGAGGUCCACCAUGGCUGCCAGGAUAUUAAUACCAUUCAUGAUAAAUAAAGUUUGCUGAAAAGAGUUGCUUAAAAUCUGUCAAUCCUGUGUAGUAAUAAUUCAAUUACCUAGUAAGUGGAGUUGAGAAUAAAAGGAAAAUUAAUUGCCACAAUAAAUAGACGAAAAGCUUGUUUUCACUGGAUACAUUAGCACUAUCAUCUAAUCAGAGUUUUCAACAUCCAGAUAAUGGCUUGUAGUUCAGAGUUGUUGGAGUAAAGUGUAAAUAACUAGAAACCUAAGGAGAAGCACAUAGAUCAAAACAUUUUGACCAGUAUGCUUUUAAUUGCUUGACAAGGUUCUUUCAAACUUCUCAAGAAUAUCAGAUGUUUGUUUAGAAAUGUCAAGCGAUUCAAAAAAUUAAUUUAGGCAUUUAGUCUACUCUAGUCAUUCUAAACCGAGCCUGGCUGCCAGGCAUUUAGUUACAGUGAAUAUUAUUACCGAUAAUCACCUAAAAUGACGCCCGAAAAAGGUUAACUUCAUUUCUUUAUUUUUUAGAGUAUACUAAAAUCUACCCACAUUUGUGGGUAACUUUUUAAAGCUAACUUUCAAGUUACACUUCUUUGCGGAUGUUAGAAAUUAUUGUGAAGAAUGAAAAAUACCGCUUUUAAUUAACGUUAACAUAAAAAUUAUAAAGAAACUGAGAUAACAACUUUAGAAACUUAGGUAGCAACUUGUUGGAUUUUUGGCAAUUUUUAGCAAUUUUUGGCAUUCCACACAGCAACUUUCCAGCAGUUUAUGAGCACAAUCAGGACAGGCCUAGUCGGGG